UAUGUAUUUCGUUGAUCUCAGUGUUACGCGGCCAAGUGGCACGCAGUUUCAGUUCUAGCUCGGGUUGAUCAAAGCAAGAACCGGCGCUGCCACAUGGCUCCUUCAUGCAGGUUUCCGCGCUGUCAGCCGAAACUGUACCAGCAAUGGGUCGUAAACUUAAAAAGGGACAAGUGGAAACCAUCUCCCGGCAGCAGACUUUGCAGCGACCACUUCGAUGAUUCGUGCUUCGACCGAACAGGAGCCAGAACCCGGCUGCGAAGCGGCGCAGUCCCGACGCUCUUCAACUUCCCAGAACACCUGCAAAAGAAAACUGCGACAAGGAAGCCACCAAAGCUGAGAACACCGAACCUGGAUGCGACACUACUUGACGGGGAAGCCAGCGGCUCGCCGAGUACACCACAAAAGGCCUCAAAUGAUGUUGCCGAGCACAACUAUGCUGUCAAGGACACUCCAAAAACCCUGAAAAGGAAGCUUGAUGCCUGUGCAACUGCUGCAACCAAUGCCAAGAAAAAGCUCAAGCUCAGUCAGCAACGAGAACGUCGACUGAAGAGGAGAGUAGAAACAUUUAGUGAAAUUAUCGAAGACCUAAGAAAGAAACAGCUAAUUUCAGAAGAUGCUAGUGCAAUGCUUGAGAGAUGUUUCUCAGGAGUCUCCCUAGCAGUUAUGCAGCGUUUGCUCAAACAAACUCCGGUCGGAAGUGACAAGCUGGCUAAGCUAAACCGAGAGAAAUACUCGCCUGCACUACGUGAAGCUAUGGAUGCCAUCCGGGCAAACGCCAACAAAGUGAAGCAGAAAAACAAGGAGCUUCUUUGCAACCUUGUCGUUGACGAGAUGGCGAUCAGAAAACACAUAGAAUGA